AUGUCUAUUUUGCAGUCCCCGUCUAUACCUUCCGACCAUCCUUCCAUUCUGCAGCCCUCUUUCUUUGGAUAUGUAGGUACCACUUUGGAUGCCCUCUGGUUAUUUCAAGCCUGCCAGCAAAAUAUCCUUCCCUUCACCGCUCGUCGCCCUCAACGUGAGGAGCGAAAACACAUCAUCCAUUCCGGUAAUGUUUUCAUUUUCAACGAAACCCAAUCUGGUAUCAAGCGCUGGACCGAUGGUGUUCAUUGGUCCCCUUCUCGUGUCAUUGGCAACUUCCUCAUCUAUCGACAAUUGGGAACUACCUCUAUUAAUCCAAACGAAAAAGUAGAUUCUACACAGGGUGCAUCUGGAAAACAUAGUGAUGAAAAUGGUCAAAAUCAACCAUCUCCCAAAUCCAACUUUCCAUCCGCUUCUGCUUCUCAUCUCUCUCAUGAGUCACAUCCCUCCAUGCCAAUUGAAGAUGUUUUUUCAGAUCCAAACACCUCUGUAAAUCACCCUCCUCAACCUUCAAAUUCAUUACCCUUAGCCGUUUCUAAUACUUCCACUCUUCCAGAAAAACCAGGGUUUUCCUCUACUUACCUUCAAGACCCUGCUGGCCUCUUGUCCCCUUCUUCCGCAUCUGUCCAUCCAGUUCCAACCCAGCCUUCUGACCCUUUGUUCUCCCAUCAAAACGCUCUUGCCCCUUCUUCUAUUACUUCCACAUCUGGUCCUACUCCCAUUCCUUCUGCUGGCGAAGACAUAAAACCAUACGCAAAUGCGACUCCCUCUGCUAUACCUUCUGGACAAAAUUACCCCGAUGCGCUUUCUCGGUCCCUUCCAUCCUUCCCCAUUGCCUCUAAUCCUUCUUUUUCUUUACCCCAACAUUUUCCUACGAAGCGCCAUCUUUCUGUACCGCCAUCUACGUCCGCUUCUUUGCCUAACGGGUUUCCCGCCAAUUCUGCUCUCUCUUAUCUUCAUGACAGUGAGCGCGCUUUGGUCGGAUCUUUAAAUGAUGCAUAUUCUUUUGAAGAAGGAGGUCUUAUCAAGAAAACUAUUUCUCUCACUAUUCACGGGCAAUUGCAUCACCUCAUCUCCUAUUAUACUGCGGAAGAUGUAUUGAAUGGAAAACUGAAAACUCCAAGCUCCAUGCCUCUCUUUCGCCAGCUUCCUAUCUCCCCUGAAUUGCUUGAGAGUAAAAGUUUUCGUAUUCCACCCUUAGUCGAAGCAGCUGAAUCUGAAAAAAUUUCGUAUUGGAAUUCGGUUUCCUCUUGUGACACACAACAACAGCCUACGUCUGUUGUUAUGACUGGCCCUUCGCCUUCCGUUCAAGAUGUGGAUCCUUAUCAUUUUCAGAACCUCACGCUUUCCACUUCUCCUACAUCUAAUUUACCACCGGCUUUUAAUGCGAAUCGAACCUCACCAACGUCAAUGCAACAUCCUUAUGCCGCCAGUCCUCAUCCCUCUUCCCAGCUUCCUUCAUAUGCUAAAUCUCCGAACCAUAUGCCAUAUCCAGAUAUGCCACCCAUACCGACUUUCAGCAACCAUGCUCCUUCCCAUUAUCCCGAUCAUUCAAUUCCUGCUAUGACUUCAGUGCCAGAGUCUUCUACUUAUCCUAAUCCAGUAUUUAUUAAGAGUGAAUAUAACGAGGAUAGCUCUGGUGGUCAGAAUGGCUUACCUCCCUUUCAUUCCAGAGAGGAACCUUGGAUUGACAGAGAUGCUUUUUACAAUAGCUCUCGACAGUACUCGGAAGCACAUCCGUCUUUCCCUCAGCGAACAUUCUCUAAUAAUACGGCGCUUCCUGGAUAUGCAAGCCUACAAGAAACAGGCAAUCCAAAUCUUGAAUCAUUUGAUCGUAAUAUGCACAGGCACUCGUUAAGUACAAGUCAACCGAGUUCGAUGUUUCCGUAUGAUACUGGGUUGGCUUAUCAUUAUCCAACUAAUCAGAACAUGAACCCCAUGGGAGGCUCACAAGGAACGUCUGAUUUAUAUUGGAAUAAAGAUGCUUAUUUACAACCACCUAUGAUGCAUCCAUCUCAAGGAAAUGCUGUAUACGCAAAUGCUGGCCAAAGUUGGGUUCCCAAUUCCAGUAUGAAUGUGCAAGCUAAUUCCGAGUAUCCAUUUCCUGUACAACAAGAGAGCAAUUCAUCCUCUACAAGAAGAAGAAGCACGGUUGGUCGUUCUCCAAAGAUGUUUCUUCCUAUUCCUAAUUCUCGCAGGGGUUCCGUUCCUUUAGUACAAACAAAACAGUUACCGAUGCGUUCGACAGGGAGUCGCCCUUUCUCACCUGUCAAUACAAUGCAUCGCUCUGCAUACCGUGCUCAUCCAUAUCCAAUCUUACCUAAUGUUUCACAUGGCCAAUAUCAGCCAGACGAGACGAACAAACCGAUGCGCUAA